AUGAGUAACACUGGGGUGCGCCAAAGAGGUGCUUUCAAGACUGGUAGGAAGGGAUUAAGAGAGAUUACAAGGCCUGGACAAAAGAGAGGCAGAAAUGAGGUAGAGGAAAGUGUGGAAAAUGCGGAGGAUAGCGAGGAUGAGGAGGGUUCUGAUGGGGUUCCAGAUGAGGAGGAGGAUCCGGAGCAACGUAAGGGACAGGUUUACGAUGCGUUGUUGACGUUGUUGAAGAGUGAGCACCCGGAGAAGCGGGCCAAGAAGAAGAAGACAGAACAGAAGUCGACCAAGACAAAGCCAAGUCCUAAGGAUGAGGAUGAGAGCGAGGAUGAAGAAGAGUCAGAGGAUGAGCAACAAGCUAUUGAAGGUGGUCUAGAGGAUGAAAUGAGCGGGGAAGAAGCUGAUUCUGAUGUGUCUGACUUGGAGGAUAGCGAAGAUGAAUCAGAUCCGUUUGAGUCUCACUUUAACAAGUACGACGAAAAGCAUCUCGAAGCCCUUGACAAGGGUUUGACUGCUAGAACUGUAAAGUACAAGACCAUCAAGAAAGAUGUGACAGAGUCAGAGUCGGUGAUCUUCUCGAAACCGUGCUUGGAAGGAGAAGAAAUGGAGCCGUUGAAGGGGAAACAGUCUUUGAACUCGUACUUUGUGAAGCAAAAGUUGAAGAUCGCGAGUGGAUUCCACGACACUGAGCUUCCGCUCACACCUAUUCAGAAGGAGUUGGUUGACCCUAUGUUCCAAUACAAAGAUGUGCUUUAUGAGUACGAGAACUACGCAGACGAAGAGGAGUACAGAGAACUAUACUCGCUACAUGUGCUCAAUCACGUUUACAAGACCAGGGACCGUAUUUUGAAAGACAACCAGAAACUUCAGGACAAUGCGGACCUAGAGCUUCUAGAUCAGGGUUUCACCAGGCCCAAAGUGCUAAUUGUGGUUCCAACCAAAGAUGUGGCCUAUAACGUCGUGAAGAAAAUUAUGAACAAGUCAGGAUUGGACCAAUUCGACAAAAAGUCCAAGUUUGAAGACCAAUUCUUCGAAGAUGCGUUACCGCCAGCUUCAAAGCCCAAGUCAUUCCAGCAUAUUUUCAAGGGAAACACAAACGAUUUCUUCGUGCUAGGCCUCAAGUUCACGAGAAAGUCGAUGAAAUUAUACGCAAACUUCUAUCAGUCUGAUAUCAUCAUCUGUUCCCCAUUGGGUAUCCAAUUGAUUCUUGAAAACACCGAUAAGAAAAAGAGACAAGAUGAUUUCUUAUCGAGUAUAGAAGUUAUGGUCAUCGACCAAUUGCACUCCAUCGAAUAUCAAAACGUAAUGCAUAUUUCCACUAUCUUCCAGCAUAUCAACAAGAUUCCUGAACAGCAGCGCGACACCGAUUUCAGCAGAAUCAGAAUGUGGUACAUCAACGAGCAAGCCAAAUAUUUCCGUCAAACAAUGGUCUUCACGAAAUACAUAUCGCCCUACGCAAAUUCAAUUCUCAACGGGAAGUGCAGAAACCUUGCAGGCAGAUGGAAAAAUCAUAGAAAAAUCUUACCUGAGAACUCGAGUAUCGGUAAACUCGGUUUGAAAGUGAGACAAAUCUUCCAACGGUUCGAUCUAGCAGGUGGUAGCGCCUUGGAUGAACCAGAUUAUAGAUUCAAGUUCUUCACAAGUGUCAUCAUACCAUCAAUUGUCAAGUCUACCGGGUACGAAGAUGGUAUUCUGCUGUAUAUUCCAGAAUACACUGACUUCAUCCGUGUAAGAAACUACUUGAAGGAAAGAACCACCAUCUUGUUCGGUGAGAUCAACGAAUACUCCGAUCAAAAACAAUUGACUUCUAAUAGAGCCAGGUUCCAACAGGGCAAAAUCAAGGUGCUACUAUACACGGAGAGAUUGCACCAUUUCAGAAGAUACGAAAUCAAAAACGUUAAAAGCGUCAUCUUCUACAAACCGCCAGGAAACCCUGAAUUCUACUCCGAAGUUGUGCGUAACAUUGGUAAGAACGUAUUUUUGGGCAACUGUGACAUUAACAUCUCCACUGUAAGAUGCGUUUACAGCAAGAUGGACAGUCUUUCCCUAGAAAGAAUAGUAGGCUCCAGACGUGCUGCGGUAUUAACGCAUGGACAAAAUGAGGUCUAUGAGUUUAAGUAA